AUGUUUCCCUUCGCCUCCAACUUGCAGAGGCACGUCGAGGGCCGGGAUCAUAAAGCCAAGGCGAAUGGCCAGGCCAAGCCACCAUCCACUCGCGCCCUCAAGGAACGCUCCGCAGUGGAGAAGAACCGGCAACUACAAAAGUAUUUCUGCCAUGUCUGCCGCGUUCCCUUCAACAUAAAGGGACAUCUGGACAAGCACAUGAUGUCCAAGGGCCGCCGGGCAAAAGCUGACACCGCCGAAGCCGCCGCCGACCCCUCUGAACACCUCGCCGCAGUUACCUUCACGUGCACAACGAGUAACAUGAAGUUCGAUUCCGCCACCAAGAUAAAGCGGCAUAACAACGGCCGAGGCCAUAGGGCCAAGGUUGCCGUGGCCGAGGGUGGUAAGGCCAAGCAACCAACCGCUCGGGCUCUUAUGGAAGGAGCAGCGGUGGAGAAGAAUCGGGCUUAUAAGAAGUACUUCUGUAGGGCGUGCAACUGGGCCUUCAACAUCAAGGGCCACCUGGACAAGCACCUAAGGAGCUAG